AUGAGACAUUUUGUCAGAGAUAGUUUUUUCGGCCGCAUGGUCUACCAUGGAUCCGGCCACAGGCUCUUCAACCACAAGGAGGAAAGACCCGAUUACGUGGUUCCCGCCAAAUAUUUGGGCGAAAGUGAAGUUGCGGAAUUCAAUGAAAGUAAGAAAUCUACCGAGGGUAAUACCGAGGGUAUUGCCGAGGGUUCAGCUGGUUCGAGCAGUUCGACUCUCAGUCAACCAGAGGCAAAGGAUGAAAAGGAUGCGGAAAAUGCGGAAAAAGAUGAGAAUGACUACAUAAUGGUGGACUUUGAUGGACCGGAUGACCCGGAAAAUCCUUACAACUGGCCUUUGUGGCAGAAAGUCAUCUUUGCAUUUCAAAUCGCCUUCUUGACGGUUUCCGUCUAUAUGGGUUCAGCCAUUUAUACCCCCGGUGUUGAUGUGCUCAUGGCAGAUCUCAACAUUACUCGUGUCAAGGCAACACUUCCUUUGACUAUGUUUGUCAUUGGUUAUGGUUUGGGACCAAUGGUGUUCUCUCCAAUGUCUGAAAAUUCCAUGUUUGGAAGAACCUCCAUUUACAUCGUCACCUUGUUCAUCUUUUUCAUUCUCCAGAUUCCUCAGGGAUUCGGUCUGGGAACUCACUCGAUUGCAUCUUUGACGGUACUCCGUUUUCUUUCUGGAAUUUUUGCUUCUCCAGCCUUGGCUACCGGUGGUGCCAGUUUUGGAGAUGUGGUGACUUUGCCAUAUAUGCCCGUUGGUAUCGCUGCCUGGAGUAUGGGUGCGGUUUGUGGUCCAUCUUUGGGUCCUUUGAUUGGUGCUGCGUUGGUCAAUGGUACACAUGGAGAAUGGGUUUGGACUUUCAGAUUCAUGAUGAUCAUUUCCGGUACUUGUUUCCUUUUCCUUACAUUCUUCCUUCCUGAAACCUAUGGAAAAACCAUUUUGCGUCGUAAGGCUCAAAGAUUGAGAGCUUUGACUGGUAAUGAAAAAAUCAUCAGUGAAGGAGAACUUGAAAACAAACACUUGACUCCAAGAGAAGUGGCCAUUGAUACUCUCUGGAGACCCAUUGAAAUCUCCAUUUUCGAACCGGUGGUUCUUUCCAUCAACCUUUACAUUGCCUUGGUGUACUCCAUCAUGUACUUGUGGUUUGAGGCUUUCCCAAUCGUUUUCAUCGAAACUUAUCACUUUACUUUGGUCGAAUUGGGUGUCUCGUAUACCAGUGUGAUGAUCGGUAUCAUUAUUAGUGCCGCCCUCUAUAUUGUCAUCAUCUACAGACAGUUCACCAAGAAGUUUUUGACGGGCCAAGCUGAAACAAUCACCCCAGAAGUGUUCAUUCCUUCGUCCAUCUUGGGUAGUGUCAUGAUGCCAAUUGGUAUAUUUAUUUUCGGAUGGGCAUCUAGUGCUAACCAACACUGGAUGGGUGCUAUGAUCGGUGCUGCAACUUUUGCUUUUGGUGCAUUCUUCAUUUUCCAAACCCUCUUUAAUUACAUGGCCAUGUCGUUCCCUCGUUACAUGGCUUCUGUGUUUGCUGGAAAUGAUUUGUUCAGAUCGGUGAUUGCAGGAUGUUUCCCCUUGUUUGGAAGUGCAUUGUUUAACAACCUCAAAACCAGCAAGUUUCCCGUUGGUUGGGGCUCGACCAUUUUGGGAUUCAUUUCCGUUGGAAUGAUUGCUAUUCCUGUGGCAUUCUACAUGUUUGGCCCCAAAAUCAGAGCUAGAUCUAAAUACGCUGGCUUUUAA